AUGGACACUAAUGAUAACAGCAGCAAGAAUAGCAUCAAGCAAAUACAAUUGGAAAAAUUAAAUCAAGAAUUAACCUUAGAAUUACAAAAAAUAGAUACAAAUGUAUCACAAUGUCAUAAUCUAAUAAAUACGAGAUUAAUUCCUAUAAUAUCACAAUAUUCAAGUAAAUGUGAUUUAAUAAUGAAAGAUUCCAAUUGGAUAAAGAAUCUAUUUGAAAAAAGUGGGGGAAUUGAAUUAACUAGAGGUGCUGCUGUUACUGAUAAUAUGAUCCAUAAUAAUUCUAAGGUUACACUGACAAAAGCAGAUUUGGAAGGUGCAAAUGGGGAAUCGGUUUAUCAACAGCAAUCCAAUAAUAACUUCAUUCCCAAUAUUACUACACAUAACAAUAGUAAUGCUAUUAAUAAUGAUACUGUUGCUAAAGCUUAUACUCAUGACAGUAAUAAUAAUAAUAAUAAUAAUAAUAAUAAUAAUAAUAAUGCAAGCUACCAAAAUGGACAAAAUAUUCAAAAUAUUGCUAAUAAUGAUAGUAGUACAAGUAGUUUAUUUCAUACUGCGCCGAUUUCGUUAUUAUCACAAAAAAAUGUGUUAAAACCCCCCAGUAAUAAUGAUAACGACAUGGUAAAGGGGCAAGAUGGUAAUCAUAAGUAUGACAUGGAAGAAAAUAGUAAGAAUGAAAACAUUUAUGAUACCAUUGAUGGUAAUAGUAAUAGUAGUAUAAAACAACGGAAAAAGCGUAAAAUGUCUAUAUUGAUACAACAGAAAUAUGCUUCAUCAUCAUCUUCUGUUAAUUCACCUAUUAACUCCUUUUCUGAUUUAGAGAUUGAUUCACAUGGGCAAGUGCAUAGUGAUAUUCAGAAUAAUAAGGAUGAUAUUAUAGAUGGUGGUACAAGAGAAAUAUAG